CUGUGUUGUACUGGCGGUCUCUGUGUCGCCGGCAUCAUCUGCUCAGGUGUGGGAGAGUCUUAGUUCACGUCCUGGGUGACAUAACUAGCCUGUGUGUCUCGUCUUCCUAUUGCCAGCAUCAUGAGUAUGUUGACUCGUGCCCUGUGUCGCCUACAGCCUCGUAUUCUACCGGGGGUGCAGGUGAGGAACACAGUGGCCCCCUCACGAGCCAUCACCCGCAGCCUCGUCGUGUUGUCCUCCAACCGCAUUGUUCAGGACAACAUCUUCCUCAACUCAAAGCUGUGUUCCUGCGGCUGUGGCAUCCAUGGCAUGCACACCAGAGGAGACCGUGAACUUGUGGAAUUCUUGCGAGAGGAGAUUGUUGCAGAAAAGAAAAGCUUGAAGGGGAGUGUUCCUUCACAUAUUGAUGAUUUCUCAGUCAAGGUGAAAGAUGCAGAAGUCAUUCUCACUAAGAAUUUUCAUGAUGAAAAAAUUACCGUCACUUUGAAUGUAAAUCACACGGUAGACAGUGAUGAAACAGCAGAAGUGAAUUUAGACCAAUCUAGUGAAGUGGCCCUGAAGAGUCGGCCGAGCUUUGAAGUUGACCUACAGAUUGGCUCUAAAACUAUGUCCUUUACCUGUUCAUACACUUCACCAGGUGAUGUUGUAGAAGGACAGGAUCAAGUAGAAGAUACAUUUGGAAUCAAUGAGUUAAUAAUGUAUGAAGGUGAAUGGAGUGAAGACAACUACUGUGUUUCUGGUGAUAUUCUUGAUGGGAUGAUGUACGACCUCUUGAUGAACAUGUUGGAGGAACGCGGCAUCACAAACGACUUCGCUGAGAGGCUCAGCAACGUAUGUUCCGACUAUGAACACUCUCUCUAUGUAUCGUUACUUCAGCAGGUUGAGGACUUUGUCAAGAGGAAGUAGUUGAAGCAUGUCAUUUAUCAUCAAAUAAUCUGACAGGUAUACAAAAAGGUAUAAAAAAUAGGGAUAAUUGUGUAUGUUACAUAGAGGUUGCCUUGGUAUCAUUAUUUUUUCUUUUACAUCAGUACUGUGUUCAUUAAGAGAAAAUUGAGAAGUGAGUGUAUAGGAAUAGUUAAAUUGGGGUGUAAAGGUUAUUAGAAAAAAUAUAUAAUGUAGUGAGAAAAUUAACAUGGGAUGUUUUUGUUGAAUUGUACAGUACAGUAUUCCAGAGUGGUUAUGCAAAGGCCUAAACAAGUCCUAUGUGUGUUUCUUGUCUAGUAUGAGAGGAAGCUUAGAUGGAUGAACUGGAAUUGUUAUGUUUAUGAGCUAGACUUGGGCAACUCUUUGUAAUUAUUAUGUACAGAAACUUAUGUAGCUUUUAUGAAAUUGAUUUGUAUUUCAUAUUAAAAUAUACAAAACUAUCUUUA